AUGAGAUAGCAGGGAUUAAAUGGAGAACCUUAAAUUUGGAAUUACAUAAAUCUAAUCCCAUCAUAAACCUUCUCAGUAAAUUAUCUAGAAUAUUUAACAUUAAUACAAGUUAACUCAUUAUUCACUCCUGAAGAAGAGACUAUAUCAAUAGAUAGAUUAAAAAUCUUCUUUUAUUUGGAAAAAUAGUUUAAUAAGGAAAGGCUAGCAGACACAUCCUUGAAAGAGGGAUGAUUC